UAAUGUUGUGAUGUCAUUAUUUAUUUUUAUUGUAAAUAUUUAGUUGUAUAUCUCGGUGUUAAAAGUGCACGAGGUGUUGAGUGGACACAUAAACAUUAAUUAAACCUCGCGAGAAUGUGAAAAGACGUAUUUCAAUUUGUUAAACGUACACAAGGAAGUUUAUAAAAUGUCAAUAGUUUCUACAUUAGAAAUCUAGUGUAUUAUCUCAAAUAUGGACGAGGAUGGAGAAGUCGACCUGGACCCGCGAAUACAAAUCGAAUUGGAGAAACUGAACACGACAACAGAUGAAAUCAACAAGCUGGAAAUUGAGUGUGAUGAGGCUAACACCACUUUUCGCAUCCUCCUUAACGAAUCAACCAGGCGGCUGAAGCUGUUGUCCAAGAAACUGGGCAGUUGCAUCGAAAAGGCCAGGCCAUACUAUGAACUGUUGGAGUUGUACAAAAAGGCACAGGCCGAAUGUCAGGAGGCAGCAGUAUUAUAUCAAAGGGCUCAUGGAGUGCACGCGGCAGCUAAGGAAACGGUAGCUUUGGCAGAACAGAGGUUUUUAACAAACCAGCAUGAAUGGCAGUUUGAUAAUGCUUGGCAGGAAAUGCUCAAUCACGCCACAAUGAAGGUGAUGGAAGCCGAAACGCAGAAAGCGGAGCGUGAACGCGAGCACCAACUAAAAGCGACAGUAUUCAAGGAGAUAGAUGACAAGUUGAAAAAUCUGGAGGAUAAAUGUUCAAAAUUCAUCAUAAAAUCACGACCCUACUUUGACGAGAAGGUCCUGUGUCAGGAACAGUUGAACACUCAAAAGGAACGAAUCGAAUCGAUAAAAAAGGAGAUUGCGAGCACGAAAAACUACUAUUCCGACACCCUCAAGAAUCUGGAACGAAUCUCGAACGAGAUUCACAUGAAGCGUCAAAAGAAGGAAUCCGAACUGCUCAAGGGACCGAGGGAGCCCGGCGUCGGUGCCGAAUUGGAACCCACGUUCGCCGAAAUGCCCGCCAAAAAUCAUUUCGUCUCGCUGCCCGACAUCGCCAGCGAACUGGACAAGUGCGAGUUGCACAGCAUCGGCUCCGUGAGCCAGACGGCCAGCUCAGCGGUCAGCGAGCGGGACGAACAGGAGGACGACAACGCGAGGGAUUUGGAAGAGUUCGUCGAGAGAAUGCAGGGAUUGAGUGCCAGAGCGAAGGGCGAGGGCGAGAGCAAACCGGAGACCUUUCACGAAACGGUAAAUUCUUAAUUGAGCGUGUUUUAACUGGAUAUUAUUUUAAAUAAAGUUUAUUGAUUGUUAUAGAUUGUGUAGAAUUUCAUGACAAAUUUAGUUCCGUUGAAAAAAUCUCACUGUUUUAUAUAAGCUCUAUUAACACAAAUUGUUAUUUAUUUUUUAUUUCCUGUAUUAUUAAUAUUAAAUUUAUAUUUUAUGUUAA